ACGCCUCGUCUUGUACGUCCACACACACACAGACAGCUCACGUCGGUAACCGUCAUGUCUCUCGGUAAAGCUGCACGAAGUUUGGUGACACCGAUCCGGGGCGUGCUGCGGCCUCCGAGCCGGAGCUACGCCGCCGUCGGUGAAGCCCGAGCGGUGCUGGAGAAGGAGCUGGACGGUAUCCGAGCGGCGGGGACGUGGAAGGCGGAGAGGAUCAUCACGUCCAUGCAGGGACCGCAGAUCAACGUGGACGGCAGCCGGAGCAGAAUAUUGAACUUCUGUGCCAACAACUACCUCGGACUGUCGAGUCAUCCGGAGGUGGUGCAGGCGGGGGUGGAUGCUCUGAAGUCUCACGGUGCCGGACUGAGCUCCGUCAGAUUCAUCUGCGGCACACAGGACCUGCACAAACAUCUGGAGCAGAAGCUGGCAGAGUUUCACGAGAGGGAGGACUGCAUCCUGUACGCCAGCUGUUUCGAUGCCAACGCCGGACUGUUCGAGGUUCUGUUGGGUCCAGAUGAUGCCGUGCUGUCCGAUGAGUUGAACCACGCCUCCAUCAUCGACGGGAUCCGACUGUGUCGGGCGCAGAGGCUGCGAUACAAGCACAUGGACCUCAGUGACCUGGAGACCAAACUCAAAGAGUCUCAGUCAGCUCGUAUGCGGCUCGUAGUCACAGACGGAGUCUUCUCCAUGGACGGAGAUGUGGCGCCGUUGAAGGGGAUCUGCGACCUGGCUGAGCAGUACGGAGCCAUGGUGUUUAUCGACGAAUGUCACGCCACCGGCUUCCUGGGACCCCGAGGCAGAGGAACAGACGAGCUGCUGGGAGUGAUGGACAGAGUCCACAUCAUUAACUCCACCCUGGGGAAAGCACUGGGAGGAGCAGCCGGCGGUUACACGGUCGGUCCGAAGCCUCUCAUCGACCUGCUGAGGCAGCGCUCGCGGCCGUACCUGUUCUCCAACUCCCUCCCUCCGCCCGUGGUCGGCUGCGCCACCAGAGCUGUGGAGCUGCUGCUCGCCUCCAGUGAGAUCGCUCAGAGCAUGACGGCCAAAACCAUGAGGUUCAGGGACAAGAUGACUCAGGCCGGCUUCACCAUCGCGGGCUCGGCUCACCCGAUCUGUCCCGUGAUGCUCGGCGACGCUCGGCUCGCCUCUCUGAUGGCCGACGACAUGCUGAAGCUUGGCGUCUACGUGAUCGGAUUUUCAUACCCGGUAGUACCGAAGGGCAAAGCCAGGAUCAGAGUUCAGAUCUCGGCCGCUCACACAGAAGAAGACAUCGAUCACUGCGUCGACGCUUUCAUCCAGACGGGCAGGAAACACGGAGUCGUCUCCUGAGGACGCCGGAUGAGACGCCGACAGGACAAAUCGCCGACGCGUCAGCUCGUACAGAUCAUGUCUGUUGCCGAAGAAAGCUACGAGGGACGAAGAUGGAAAUAUGAGUUACUGAUUAAAGUUUAUGUUUGCUUCGCUAACGCGUGUUGAUGUUUGUAUGUUAGGACAAAGGGCUGUUAAACUGAAACUUUACGUCAGGGAGGAAAUGUUUGAAACAUUCAUCUGAUUUAAACAUGUUGGUUUUAAUGAACAUGAGGAUCUUAAAGGUCCAGUGUGAAGGAUUUAGUGGCUGCACGAAAGGCUCCAUUUAAAGCCAAUAUUUAGUUUGAUUACUCCGGGCUACCGUAGAAACACGACCCAUAAAAGAGCAACCACGGGAUUGGUAGAUCUUGUAGACUUAUUUACAGGUGAUUAUUCGCUAAUAGCUCUUAAGAUUAUAUUUAAUUUCUGCUUUAAACUUUAUUGAAAAUCUUUAAAAACUCUAAAAAGAACUCUAGAAACUCUGUUAAAACGUCCCAGCUACACUUUUUAGCUUCAUAUUCUGUAAAUGAAGCCGUCUAAAUCUGACACACUGGACCUUUAACGCAAUUUAAUAAGGACUAGAAAGGCGUUCUUUCGCCGUAUGGUGGACGCCAAGAGGAGGAAUCUGUUGUAUAAAAGUCUAAUUUUUAUCAAACAUAAUGAUUCAUAUUUUCUGGUGAUCAUAUAUUAAAAAAAGCAUUACAUGUUAUACAUUAUGUUGCAUUUCUGCCAUAUUCUGACACACUGGUAUUUAAGUGUUACAGGAGAGCUGAGCGAGCUUCGAUCACACCGUCUUGUCAUUUAAUUUCAGACAAAAUAAACGUCAAAGCCUCUAAA